AUGGAGCUGGAGCGAUACCGGUACAACAGCGCGGUUGAAGCCUUCCGCGACGAGGAAUAUCCAAUGCUACAGGACUCCGUAUACCUUGAUCAUGCUGGGUCUACGCUGUGUUCAAAGUCUCUUAUGGACGCCUUCGCCAAAGAGAUGACCUCGGUCUUAUACGGGAACCCCCAUUCAGGAUCAUCACCAUCACAGCACUCUUCGUCACGAAUUGACCAAGUACGAAUCCGCCUUCUAGACUUUUUCAGGGCCGAUCCUGAGCAAUACGAUCUGGUCUUUGUGGCAAAUGCAACUGCCGGCGUGAAGCUGGUAGUUGAGGGCAUGAGGUCCUUGCCUGAGGGCUACGUACUCGCCUACCAUCAAGCCUGUCACACGAGCGUGGUGGGGGCACGAGAAGAAGCAAACGAAAGUAUCUGCCUUGACGACACCGGAGUGCAGUCCUGGCUGGGCGGAAAGAACCCAUUCAAGCCUAAGACUUGCGGCCCUCCCGCAACGCUGUUCGCCUAUUCUGCCCAGUCUCAUAUGGAUGGGAGGCGAUAUCCGCUGUCAUGGACCGAGCAACUGAAGCAGUGCGAGGCUCAAUCUUCAUCUCGGACGUUGGUCUUGUUGGAUGCGGCGUCGCUCAGUGCCACCUCCCAGCUAGACCUUUCGGACCCUCGAUUUGCUGCCGAUUUUGUUGUCACAAGCUUAUACAAGAUAUUCGGAUUCCCUGACCUGGGCGUUCUGCUGGUCCGUCGCUCUGCUGAGCCUGUAUUUGACCGACGAAGGUAUUUCGGAGGCGGCACGGUAGACGUCGUGCUAUGCGGCGACGAGCAGUGGCAUGCUCCAAAGUCCUACUCUCUUCACGAGCGCCUGGAGGACGGGACCCUCCCUUUCCACAGCAUCAUCGCCGCCGACAUGGCAAUAUCGACUCACCAACGAUUGUUCGGCUCGAUGGAUCGGAUCAGCGCUCACACGGCCUAUCUCAGCCGCGAGCUAUGUCGAGGCCUGCAUAGCUUACGGCACGCAAAUGGGAGCCCUGUUUGCCACAUCUAUUCCGAUAUACCAGACGAUGCGGCCCCUGUCGAAGCUGGUCCAGUCGUCUGUUUUAACCUCAGGGAUAGUCGUGGCUUGUGGCUUGGCCUUGGUGAAUUUGAGAAGCUGGCUAUCCUCAGGAAGAUGCAUGUCAGAACAGGAGGCGUGUGCAGCCCCGCGGCGCUUGCAUCUGCUCUUGAGCUGCAGCCUUGGGAGUUGAAGCGAAACCUCUCAGCUGGCAUUCGAUGUGGUGAGGAUAGCGGCCGGUUCACCAACAAGCCCACCGGAAUCAUACGUGCUAGUCUGGGGGCAAUGAAUACUCAGUCAGACGUCUCUCGCUUCCUUGCCUUUGUUCAGGAAUUCUUCGUCGAAGAGACCCUCAGAGUACCUGCUCAGGCAACUCCUACAUUGAAAUCGAGAUUUCUCGAUAACGCAUCGGAGAUGCAGGUCAAGAGCAUCACUGUGUACCCGAUCAAGAGCUGCAGUGGCUUCACGAUCCCGCCUGGAGUCUGCUGGGAGGUUCGGCCAGAGGGGCUUGCCUGGGAUCGUGAAUGGUGUCUGGUCCACCGAGGAUCAGGCCAAGCGCUCAGCCAGAAACGAUAUCCUCUAAUGGCCCUCCUCCAGCCCUUGCUGCUUCUCAACGAGAACGUGCUACGUGUGAGAUACCGCGGCAGCACCCCCAAGGGGCAACCUACGCAAGUGGACAUAUCGCUCUCCAACAAUCCUUCUGACUUUGACGUCGGCUUUCGACAAACAAGCUCCAGGGUUUGCGGCGAGAACAUCUCUGCGCAGUCGUAUCUCUCCGAAGAGAUCAACAACUUCUUCAGCGAGUCCCUAGGGGUCCCGUGCAUGCUGGCAAGAUUUCCGGCGGGAGGUCGCGGAGCCAGCAGCAGGCUCUCGAAGGCUCGAUUGCAGAAGCACCAGAAGACCGAAAAGCCCCCGAGCGGACAGCCGUCCCCCUUCCCCGGCGUCCCAUCUCCGCCCGAAUCGGAUUCCGAACAGCAAGUUCAGCCGGGCAAGAUCUUACUUUCCAAUGAGAGUCCGAUCCUCAUGAUAAGCGCAUCUAGUGUUAAGAUGCUGAACCAAGCCAUCACCGAAUCUGGAGCUCCUGCCGUAGAAGAGUCCGCGUUUCGAGCCAAUGUCGUCAUUGAGGCCGUUCCAGGGCAGUGCAGUCCGCCGCCUUAUUCGGAGGACUCGUGGAGGAGGAUCCGCAUCGGAAGUCAUGGCUUCAAGCUGUUGGGGGCCUGUCAGCGAUGCCAGAUGGUCUGCGUUGACCAAACGACUGGGGAGAGGAAACAAGAGCCGUUUGUCACUCUGGCGAAGACAAGGCGGCUGAAUGGCAAGGUCUUCUUUGGAACACAUAUGCGACAUGAGCAGUUGGACCAGAGCGCAGGAUCGGUUGCCCUGCGGCCCAUGAUACAGGUUGGGGAUGUAGUAGUGGUGGAUGACCAGGAGGAGGAGGAGGAGGAUGGAGUGAGAGAACAAGAGAACGCGGAGGGGACAACACUUAACAUGGAUUAA